UUAUUAAGAAGACAGCAUGGGACCUUCCUUAUAUAAUUUGGCAUUGUUUUAAGAAUAUACCCAAUGCUCUUUCCUGAACAAAUUGCUCCUUUUCUAUUAGGCUUUAUCUGUUCAGAAUUUGUUGUCUAUUUUCAUUCUUCCGAUGCACAUCAUGCAUUUUCAAUAAUUAUCCUUUACCUCUUCUCCAUUGCAAUCUAGUGCGAUGAUACAACAGUCUCCAUACCUAAAAUUUCAUUUUUAUUUCUUCAACAUUCGUUAUUGACAGUCCUAAACAAGUACAAAAAUCAAAAUCAAACAGUGAUGCCAAUAAUUUCCUACCAUUCAACUAUCAUCGAGAACAGAGCCGCCCAUAAGGGGGCUGUCGACACGACGUCUUCUCAGAUUCUCUUAUCAAGAGCGAUCGCAGAUCACAGUUCAACUUCUUGCCCGCCAGUUAUCCGAAGACUAUACUCUACAAUUGCUGUAACUUCCGUUUACGAGUCCCCGACAACUCAUAUCAUGACGAUUGGAGACGCAGCCAGCACAUCGAAAGAUGUAGGGCUGGAUGGAGAGCAAAUGGGAGAGUAUAAUGGUACGUAGCUGUUCAAUUGCUUAUAAAUGGUUUCCGGCUUGCAAGGAGUGUUCUAACAUCUUGAUAUUUUAAUGUUUUUAGGCUUCGCGAGCAGCCGAUACCCAUCGGUCCCAGUAGUCGCUGAUGCCUCUAGGCGCCAUAACCUACAUGCAGCAUCGAAUCUAGUAAGUCUACCCUUCUUGAACAACUGCGCUCGUUUAUCAUAGCUUCCUAUUCUUCGGACCCCAACAUAGUUCUGAGAUUUGAGAGCUAACUUUGGAAAUUUUAGGUCACUUCAAUUGACGAUACUGCUAUCGAUCCACCUUUCCAAGCCAAUCCGUGGGAACUUCCUCAACUUGAAUCUGUUCUAGAUGAACACGAGAAGCGUGAUAAAGGAAAAGAAGUUGAACGUGGGAGAACAUUAGAGCGAAGCCCAAGAUAUUCGAAUCCUCUCGCAAAGGCCGAAUCACGACCUCAAAGAAACAAAACAAACAUUGAAGUGGAUGGUCGCUCAAUAAGAACACGCGACCGAAGCCAGACUCUUCAUGAGAACCCAAAUGAUCCUUGCGCAAUUUUUGAUGACCAGGUAUUGGAACCCUUAAUAGGUAUAGCCCAACAAGAUAGUUUUUCGGAAGUGCUUAGUGGACAUGCGUCUCCAGCAAGUUUGAACGGCUCCCUCGACGCGAAAGAAUUAAAGGGGCGACUUCGAUCUAGAACAUCCGGUGGAAGCUCCCUGGGCUCAACUAUAUCUCCCAUUGAACCACUCACUCGAACAGUCACAACGGUUUACAACGAUUCCACUCCUGUUUCCCCAGACCCGACCUUACCAGUCGAAUCAUCUUCUUGUCGACUACCUAGUAUUGAUCGACUGGAAGAAUCUGCUCGUCAGUCGACAUCAUUCACUUUCUCGAAACUACCAACGGAAAUCAUUCAACAAAUAUAUGAUUAUCUUACUCCGGCUGAUUUCAAUUCGGCGAGACAUACAUGUCGGACAUGGUUUUUCACUAGUAUAGACCGUUCCCUCCUUGAAAAUAUGAUCCGCCGUGGAGGUUGGGAGUCUAGCUGUCGACAGGAAAUCUCCGAGACGAAAUGCGCAGCAUUUAGACGUGGUUCCGAGUAUGAUUGGUUCAUGAGUAAGCGUAUCUCAAGAGAGUGUGCUCUUGGGCCAAAUUGGAUGGGGUGCGGGGUACCAGUGAGUCCGGACGGGUUUUCACUAGAAUCAAAACAGUCGACAUUUUCAUCAGUUUCAAUGGUGGAUUUCACAGAUGUCGCUGUCCAAUACAAAGAUACGACUCCCGCUGGAACUAUUUUCACGGUGAGUAGCUGCGGAAAGUUCUUGAUGGCUGCGAAUGGUUGUUUAAUCUAUGUUUAUGAACUAAACAGAAGUCAUCAUGAUGUGGAUGAUUGGUAUGAUGUUCAACCUGGUUCUUUGCGUCCAGUCACUAGUAUCAUAUGUCCACACAGAGUGUUAGCUUGCAGUAUGGAUACUUCAUCACAUAGGUAUGCAAUAGCUGCUCUCCUAGAUGGGCGUAUGGGUCUUGUGUGCGAUAUUUCUCUUAGCACUAUAGCUCCACCCACUUCCUCGGACCCUGGGACUGCGGAUCUUUCUUCGCAGCAUUCGAGUCGUUCAGAUCUCUCACUAUCUCCUGGAAACGAUACUCAUCAUGGUGUAUCGUUUCUCGACCGCGUCAGUUUGGACAGUUCAGCUCCUGUUCAACGGGCUGGAAGAUCUACAACCGCUUUUGUUUUCCCUGGAAUAGCUACAACUUGUAGUGGUGGUAGUUCUCCAGGGGUCGCGCAACGUCCAGAGUAUAAUGAAGCGUCCAGAUCAGCUAGUGCUGUAAAGAAUUCUUAUCCUCCUGAAGAAACCGGUCCACACUCCGUUGGAGCAGGUAGUCGAAUGCGGAGUAGAUUACCAGCUCGUAAAUAUUCAAAUCUCAAUACCAGAGAAAUGCCCGUUGAAACAGGUACGCGGUCAAUAUAUAGAAACCUCUGUUCUGAAGAUGAUCCUCCUCGUUCAGUGGCUAUCUGUCCUCAACGACGAUGCGUGGCAUUUGGCUGCUCGGCCGGUAUUGAAUUGCAUUGGGUUGAUGCUUUGACUGGGCAAGAUCUGAACAGAUGGUUCCCGCUUACUGCUCCUAGCGACUUUUUGUUUUUCUUGCCUCCGCGGAAAAGUAUAGACUCGGCGAAAAAGUUGCGGCUCAUUAGUAGUAAGUAGCUGUCACUUCUAGAACCACUAUGCCAUGUGAAUGGUAAAACAGCACAUAAACUUCGGCCCAGACUUUCACUCUCCAAAGAUCUUUGGCCAGGCCCACUAACCAAUUUGUAGGUGCUGCUAGUCCAAGCGAAUGUGCAGCUGUACAUGAGAGAGCAUAUGGCAGAAGACCACGAGGUGCAUCAUUUUGGCAAAGAAUCGGGUGGAAUGGAAGUCAGGGGGACAAUAGUGAGGAAAUGGAACAUGCUCAGCAGAUACUGGCACCAGUGGGAAGAUUUCGAAGUGAUUCUGGCAGGAGAGUCGAUCAUUCUGAUCAUUAUCGUGCCGUACCACUUAGUGAUGGUUAUCAUAUUCUGUUUACUGAUCCAAGUACUGGAGCUCUUUGCUUGGGCAGUGAUGCACCUGUCGGAGGACCUACCAAAUUACUUCGCAAAGUUUGGUUUCAGGGACCAGAAGGUAGAGGUAGUCCAACAGUCUAUGCUGGAGGUUCUGACUUAAGGUGGGGAGUAAGGGUUGUGGCAGCAUUCGGAAGUUGUACAGAACAGAGUAUCUGGAUGUUUUCCGUUCCCGGAGACGUAUUUAAUGCAGCUCAGAGCUCUCCAAACCUACUGGAAAGUUCCGUUGUACACAAACGAAACAUUUCUAAGAAUUCUAAAAACAUGCAAUGGCUGGACUGGUGGCCUGAUGAGGGACUUCAAGCAUGGCUCGAUCUUAUUCGGCAUCCGGUACCGGGGAUUCUUCCAGGAAAUAUGUGGCCAGUUAGGAUCAAGGGUCAAAGAAUAGGAACAUGUUCUAACAUAGUUGACCUUGCGAUCGAUUCGAGCAAUAGUAUCACCAUUUGGGCAUUCAGUACGGACGGGAUUGCAAAAAUUUGGCAUGUGGACGAUGGAAAACAUAGAGAUUUGGCAAGAUUAAGUGUAUUGAGAGAUGGUACAAUCCGCGAAAAUGAUUACGAGGGUGAUAUUGAGUUGAAUGGUACAUUUCUCACCUCUGAAAUUCUUCAACACCGCUCAACAAUAGAACAACAAUCAUUCGACGGAACCAUGUCGCCAGAUCUUGAUGGCACAAUCUCUCCAGAUAUAUCAACAAUUAUCACAGCACGAAGAGGUUCAGGCUGGAGUUACCAAAGUGUAAAUUAUGACUCGGAUGGUGACGUGGUUAUGGAAGAUGUAUAUGGACCGGGAGUUGAUAUGCCAGCUACGUGGUCAAGACGGGAAAGGGUAUAUGAGGAGGGCCAACCGGUUCAGGAUCAACAGUAUCAGUAUUUAAUGUCCCGUUGGCCACGGUCAGCGGUGGGGUAUAGGAGAUGGUGGGAGAGGGCGGCGGUUAGUGGGGAUAUGGCGACUGUGGUCGAAGCCAGGGGAGUUACGAGGAUCGAGAUUGAAAUUCGUUGACUUUGUGAUAAUGGGGGUAGAGGGGGAAUGGGAUGGAGAUGUGAGUGAGUGAUGAACCGUAUUAUUCACAAAAGAACGGGUGAACAUGUGGGGGUGUAUUUGCAAUUGUGUACUUGGUUGUGAGCAGUGGUAGUUGAUUAUUGGAAUGGGGUUGAAUUAGUGUAAAGAUUGUAUAGAUUGGAUUAAAGAGAGAAUACAUAUUAUUAUACUCUAGUUAUGGCUUUCAUUAAACUGUCCAGAACAAUGUAACUAUUAUGCUGUGCCGUUGACGACGACCGAGUAUGAAACCGGUGGGGGUGGAUUAACUUCUGUGGGUUGUUGUGGGCUAGAAUUGUGGAUUGUGGAUUGAU